GGGACGCCUGCAUGUGUGGCUGCAAGAAGAAAUUUAAAGCAGCUGUCUCUGUCCGAUCACUCUUUCUAGGCAAGCAGAGGAGUGCUGGUUCUGCAGACAGGCAGGGGAAAGCUGUGAGGAUGAAAAUUGCAGUGAUUGGUCAGAGUCUUUUUGGCCAGGAGGUUUACAAGGAGCUGAGGAAGGAUGGCCACACCAUUGUUGGAGUCUUCACCAUCCCUGACAAGGAUGGAAAGGCUGACCCACUGGCAACUGAAGCGGAGAAAGAUGGUGUUCCUGUAUUCAAGUCCCCCCGCUGGCGUGUGAAGGGCAAGGCCAUCCCAGAGGUGGUAGCUCAGUACAAGGCCACAGGUGCUGAACUCAAUGUUCUGCCCUUUUGCUCCCAGUUCAUCCCCAUGGAGGUCAUCGACCACCCGAAACACGGCUCUAUCAUCUACCACCCCUCCCUGCUGCCUCGCCACAGGGGAGCCUCUGCCAUCAACUGGACUCUGAUCCAUGGUGACAAAAAGGGUGGGUUCACUGUGUUCUGGGCUGAUGAUGGACUGGACACCGGACCAAUCCUGCUGCAGAGGGAGUGUGAUGUUGAACCCAAUGACACUGUAAAUACAAUAUACAAGAGAUUCCUCUUCCCAGAGGGAGUCAAGGGCACAGUGGAAGCCGUGAGGCUGAUUGCAGAGGGGAAGGCCCCCAGGAUAACCCAGCCACAGGAGGGAGCAACAUAUGAGUGCAUUCAGAAGAAAGACAAUUCCAAGAUUGACUGGAACCAAUCAGCUGAGGUGCUCCACAACUGGAUCAGAGGAAAUGACAAAGUACCUGGUGCGUGGGCAGACAUUGAUGGACAGAAAGUGACUUUCUACGGCUCCACUCUCAUGGAUAACGGCUCCGCAGCUAAAGGUCAGCCCCUUGAGAUCCCUGGAGCCAGCAAACCUGGCAUCAUCACCAAGGCAGGCCUGGUGCUGUUUGGCAAUGACAACAAGGCACUGCUGGUGAAGAACCUGCAGUUUGAGGAUGGAAAGAUGAUUGCUGCAGCACAGUACUAUAGCUCAGGGAGCAGCACUGCUGUGGAGCUCACUGAAGAGGAGAAAACCUUUGCUGAACAAAUGAAGGCAGUGUGGAAGAGUAUUCUGUCUAAUGUCACAAAGAUUGAAGACUCCACAGAUUUCUUCAAGUCUGGUGCUGCUUCCAUGGAUGUAGUCAGACUUGUGGAGGAGGUGAAGCUUCAGGCCAGUAGCUGCCAGCUGCAGAAUGAAGACGUCUACAUGAACACCACUUUCCAGGAAUUCAUCCAGCUGUGCAUCAGGAAGCUCCGUGGGGAGGACAAUGAAGAAGAACUUGUCGUCGAUUAUGUGGAGAAGAACAUUAACAACAUGACCAUUAAGAUGCCUCAUCAGCUGUUUAUUAAUGGAGAGUUUGUUGAUGCAGAUGGAGGAAAGACAUAUAAGACCAUCAACCCCACUGACGGCAUGGCCAUAUGUGACGUGUCUCUGGCUCAGAUAAGUGAUGUGGACAAGGCAGUAGCUGCUGCUAAGGAGGCCUUUGAAGAAGGAGAGUGGGCCAAAAUGAACCCCAGAGACAGAGGCAGACUCAUCUACCAGCUGGCUGACCUGAUGGAGGAGCACCAGGAGGAGCUGGCCACCAUUGAAGCCAUUGACUCUGGAGCUGUUUACACUCUGGCCCUGAAGACUCAUGUGGGCAUGUCCAUCCAGACCUUUCGCUACUUUGCUGGCUGGUGUGACAAAAUCCAAGGCAGCACCAUCCCUAUCAACCAGGCCAGACCCAACCGUAACCUCACCUUCACCAAGAAGGAACCAAUAGGAGUGUGUGCCAUUGUGAUCCCAUGGAACUACCCUCUGAUGAUGCUGGCCUGGAAGACAGCAGCCUGCCUGGCAGCUGGAAACACAGUUGUCCUCAAACCUGCUCAGGUGACUCCACUGACAGCACUGAAGUUUGCUGAGUUGGCAGCAAGGGCGGGGCUUCCCAAAGGAGUGAUUAACAUUCUGCCUGGAUCAGGUGCUCUGGUGGGACAGCGCCUGUCUGACCAUCCUGAUGUCCGUAAACUGGGCUUUACAGGUUCCACUGAGAUUGGAAAACACAUCAUGAAGAGCUGUGCAGUCAGUAAUGUAAAGAAGGUGUCUCUGGAGCUGGGAGGAAAGUCUCCCCUUAUCAUCUUUAGUGACUGUGACAUGGACAAAGCUGUGCGCAUGGGCAUGAGCUCUGUGUUCUUUAACAAGGGAGAGAACUGCAUUGCAGCUGGCAGACUGUUUGUUGAGGACACCAUUCAUGACCAGUUUGUAAAAAGAGUGGUUGAGGAGGUCAAGAAGAUGAAGAUCGGUGAUCCACUGGACCGCUCCACAGACCACGGCCCUCAGAACCACAAAGCCCAUCUAGACAAACUGGUAGAGUACUGUCAGAAUGGUAUCAAGGAGGGAGCCACACAGGUCUGUGGUGGCAAACAAGUUCAGCGACCAGGCUUUUUCUUUGAACCCACGGUGUUUACUGAUGUAGAAGACCACAUGUUCAUCGCUAAAGAGGAGUCGUUCGGCCCGGUCAUGAUCAUUUCCAAGUUCCAGAGUGGCGAGGUGGACGAUGUCCUGAGAAGGGCCAACGCUACAGAGUAUGGUCUGGCAUCAGGUGUUUUCACAAGAGACAUCAGCAAAGCUCUGUAUGUCAGUGAAAGGCUCAACGCCGGCACAGUUUUUGUCAACACCUACAACAAGACUGACGUGGCAUCACCUUUUGGAGGUUUCAAACAGUCUGGCUUUGGCAAAGACCUUGGGCAAGAGGCUCUGAACGAAUACCUGAAGACAAAAGCAGUGACCAUUGAGUAUUAAGUCAAAUGAGAGCCAAAAGAGAUGGUGAGACAUCAGCUCCCUGCUGACAUAAGAGACAUGCCUGGACGGAAGCAUAGGGUCGCUUGGAUGACGGCGUCGUCUCACCAAAAUCACCUCACACCUGUGGAGUUCUUCUACUCAUUGUCAGCUCCUCACUGUAACACUUUAUUUCCCUCAUCAUGCUAAUCAUUUACGUAUUCAGUUGGUUCAGUCCACUUAAUAACACACCUCUGAGCCAUGUUGUAGUAAAUGUUGUCCUAAACUAUGCAAAGGUGACUUCUGAGACUGUUUUGUAAUCGAUGUGAUUGAGUUAAAAACUGAUAAAAAAACUUUAAGAAAUGUAAUAUUUCUAAUACAUUUUAAACUCAUUGAUGAAAUUUCCACAUUCAGCCCUCACUAAGUAUGAACACGAUUGUGGGUAUGUCCAUAGACUUGAAACCAAGAUGUUCAAGAGACUGUCCAUGUGCGAAUUAAAAUCACCAACACUAAGAA